UACACGUAAGGGCGGGCGCGUUACCACGGUAACGGUUUUCCGUGUGAAUUUUUCCGUAUUCGUUUGGUUUGAAAAUGUGUUAAUUUACAAGUGACAGUUGAUGGAUUUGAAUAUGAGCGAUGGUUUGUGUACAAAUGGAAUGGCUCUAAAAAGUAGAAGCGGCGUGUGGGCAGCGGCCAUGGCGAGAUGAGCGCGCCGCUGUCUGCCGCCGAGGCGCUUUCCUCUCUGCUGUGGCAGCCCUACGAUUGUCGUUCUCCGCCUCUUGCGCGAUCACGAACCGAUGGCGCUCUCUCUGGAAUUCAGGGCUGUCAAAGCAGCCCUAUGCGCGUGUGGUUUAUCGCGGGGGACGAGGCAUGCCAGUCGCCGAACGGCGGUCGUCAUGCGCGCGCGUCGUUGUCAAUAUUACCAGAGAUGCGGCUGCCAGUGCCGGCGCCCGCUCCGUUGCGAAAAUCCGACUCAGUGUCAGUGCGCGUACCGGGCGAGCCCAGUCAUGUGAACAUAGUGCAAGUUUCGCCAUUAAAUGUAAACAGUGCCGUGCAAACGGAAGCCGAGAGGAAUGUCGUGAGUGCCGAGUGCCAGACUGAGGAGCCACGACGGCGGCGUGCCCGCCGGAGCAGGGCUCCGCGGGUCCCAGAGGAGACUCUGCCUCCACCUCCAUACAGCACGCUGCCUCCCGUACACCCUGUGUGUCCUGUGCCCGUACCGCCGGUACCAGCACCCAUCAUUGCCCCACACCCACCAGCACAUCGGUUCCCUUUUCAACCAGUUCCACUAAGCAGAUCUGGCAGAGGUGCAGCCUACGCGUGUUCUGAAGCGGAAGGAAAUGCUCCAAAGUCGUGCUGUGGUCGUCCACCCUUAAGGCUUUGCGUGCUCUUCUUGGGGGUAGUUGGAGCGUGCUUGGUUGCAGCUGGUGCUACCUUGGGAGCUUUAAGGCCCCAUCCGACACCACUCACAUUGAUACUGCUAAUGAUAGGUAUCGGCGUGGUAUUAGUGACAGCAGCAGGUCUUGCAUGGCGUCUCGGUGCCCGUGACGCCCCAUGCGCCCUGUUUGGAAUCCGAAGGGCAUCAUGUCGACGGCUGGUCCCGCGUCUCCCCCCAAGUUACGCCAGACCCCACCAUCCGUACGCCGCAAUGCUGUACCCAGAGUUUCACUAUCGGCCGCCUCCACCCACCUAUCAGGCGUCCAUGCAAGAGUAUAGACUCAGGUUACUUCUCCUUGAUAGAAGUGCUCCAGUGGUGUCGCCACCUCCGACCUACCGGUCAAACUCAGCAAGUCUAGUCAGAGGUUCGACGGGAGCAGGCUGGUGCGGCUCUGAUUACAGCGGUCCACCGUCCUAUCGCACACCACGUACAGACCCACCGGCCACAGAUAAUAUUCCCACAAUCACCACAGACCUGAAAUAUACAAACGACAUUGAACCAACGAGAAUAGAGCCACAAGAACAAGAGAAGGAUCCAGAACACCUCGUCACAAUAGUUCACACUGACGCUCAGCCUGUCAUUGUGACAGUCUCUGGGUCCACAGCGUUAAAUGAAAGUCAGGUUCCGCCUUCAGAAAUUGAUAUAUUGGCGCACUUAUAACGAAAUGAACGAGAAUGAACGAAAAGUGUUGUGAACGAAACGCUGAAUGAAGUGAUUUAUUGGUGCCCUAUUGUUCUUAAUGAUUUAUAAAUACAUUGGUUUAUUUGUAGUGAAGAUUGUAAAUGCUAUGUAUGUUUGAAUUCAAAAUACAUGCUCGCUAUUGUUACCCCUAUAUAACAAACUGUACAUUGACAUUAUAAAAUAUAUCUAUAUCAUUAAAUUUUCAUACAUUUCCUUACCUUGAAACUAUUAAAUUUUACACGGCUAGUUGUGUGCUUUCUUUUAAUUAUAAUGUCAGAUAAUUUGUAAUUUCAAUAAAUCAUUUGAGAUAAAAACAAUUGAAUGUGGUAAAAAAAUAUUUCAAAUGUGUGAUGUUAUUUUUUAUUAACAAUAGUUAGCACGCAGUUGUAUAAUGUUGAGAAUUUUUAUCAUAGACGUACAUAGCAUUAACAAGUCUAUAUAUUGCACUACCAAUCGUACCUUAUAUAGUUUUAACAUGUAAAUAAAGGCUUUGUUUCAUAAAAUUAAUGUGCCGUGUAUAUAAGUUAUGUUAAUACAUAGUUGUAAUAAGACGGAGAUAUAAGAACAUAAUACCAAAUCUCACCACAAUGUACAAUUUGUAUUGUUAUUAGAUUGCCUCGUACCAAUGUUUAAUAAUUAUUUCUUUUGUAUAUAACACUGUUUUUCAUUAGGUAGGUAAUAAAAAUUUUCGAAUGCGAACAAUGGUUUAAAAAUACGACUUGUUUAUGGUUUUAAAUAUAUCUGUGCUUUUAAACGUAUGAAUUUAUAAUCUGUACAAUAACUUCUCUUGUGUAGUCUGCAGGUUUGCCAUUACAAAAAAUGCUUAUAUUUAUUAUCUGCGAUUUAUUAAAGUAUGAGGAUUAAAAGUACCUAAGAUUCAUUCAUAUGGAGUUUAGUUAAUAGAAGUUUUACUAUUGUACUGUGUUAUUAUUUUAAUGUCAUAAAUAAAAGAUAUCAGAAAUUAGAAUUUCAUUAAAUUACAUAUUAAAUGUGUCAGUUUUGCGUUCAAUUUUUAGGAAAUGUAUAUUAUUUUUAUAUAGUAAAUUUUUCAUAUCAAAGUUUUUUGUCUUGUCUUUCUGAACCGUUUAACUUUGUUUAUAAUUGCAAUAUAAUUAGUAGUUUAAAGAUUUUUUAAACAAUAUAAUUACCCUUUAUUUAUAAAGACAUCAGUUUAAUUACACUGUUCACACAAUACAAAAUUCAUCGGUCUUCUGUCACAUUGUUCACGCUAUGUUGAAAAGAGACAGAUUUAGUUAAAAUAGUGUCGUGAAACUGAUUCAGUUUUUAUAAAUAAGGGGGUUAGUAUCUAAAUAUGUAACUAAUAUUUUGUAAAUAAUGUUAUAAGAAGAACAAUAAAAGAUUUUAAGUUCAACAUA